AUGAGUUUCGGGCAACGACAACGAAUUUCCCUCCUGCGGCACGAUUUUCUUACCCUGAGCAGUCCCUUUCGGACGAUCGUCGGUUGCACUCCGAGGAACACGAAGCCGCCUAUCAGGGAGCCGAACAUGCCCGAGAAACAGGAGAAAAAGGACAAGGAGAAGGAGAAGAAACAAAAGAAACCGGUGAUACGAAUGAAGGGCGGACUCACUGACGGCAGUGAGAAAGACGUCAAGACAGAAGCGGAAAGCAGUCUGCGUGACAACAUGGACGUGAACUUCAAAUGUCAGUGGGGCAUCAGAAUCCCAGAAGAAGUAGGGACUGCGUAUGCGGAAUCGAGUCAGAAGUGGAGCGCGGAUAUGCAACAAACGAGAGACGCUUCGUACUUCGUCGGUGACACGAAUUAUUCCAAUUACCAACCCACUUGUGGAUAUUCGAUGGACGCCAUGGAGACGAUGAAGGGUAUGAAAUUCAGUAUGAGUUCCGCGGAUGACAAGGGAAACACCAAAGCUAAGACCGAAGAACAAAAACCUGAGCAAGCUACUACCUCCAGUGGUGUAAAAGAGAACAAGGAUGCCGACGAAUUUAUAAAGAAUAUAUUGAGAACCCCGUCCGUCGUGAUGAAGGAAACCAGUGCGACGAGCGAAGACUACAACGUUCCCAUCAACACGAACUUUGACGCCGAGAUCACCGCGUGGAAAGAACUUGUUCAGAAAUCGAAGGUUCCGAUAGACGCGGCUAAGGAGUUUAAUGCGCAAAUGAGCUCAGACGCUCCCAGAACCGCAGAGAUGUUGACGAUCAGACCGGAACCACCGCGACCGAAACUAGACAUCCGAGCGGUGCGUUCUAUGGACGAAUUGAUAAAGGAAGAGGAGGAAGACGAAGUGCCCUCGGACGUGAAAGCAAAACCGGUAGAACUAAAGCGAGAUGCGACUUCUGCAGAUAUCCAAAAGGUGGAUAGCAAGAAAAUGCACACAGCGGCGCCUUGCUAUCUGAAACGGAACAGCGACAGUGGUUACGAUUUUAAACGAAAAUACAGAUUUCCCUCACACUCGUGGAGGAUGGAAUCCGAUGAUCAUGUGCACGAUCCGAAAUACGUGGCUGCCGAUUUUUCUACCAGCACCGAGGGUGGUUACGAGAACGUUCAACAGAACGUCGCAAAAGGUGCGGGAGGAGUAAGGCCCGACGAGCCCGAGGCUAAUUCUACGAGGAGUCAAGACAUAGAGAGGAGCAACGUUCCUAUGGAAAGUUUAGCACCGCAGGAUAUCCAACCGGAACAAAUUGUAGAUUCGGAGUUUGGGGACAGUUUACAUCCCAUCGCCGAGAGGGAAAUCGAAAUGUCUUUAAGUCAGCCGACUCAGGAGAAUCAGGAAAUGCGUGAACGUCAAGUGGCUUCGAAAAAAUACGAGGUUGAGCAAGAGAUGCGCGAUCAAUCCGACGAUUUUCAAGGGAACUUCGAGUACACGUCGCCCUACGAAGAUGAUUUCUAUCCUGGCUACGAGUCGAUGUCGCUGGAACCAAUUGCAGAAAGACCAAAUUUGGAGAAGCAGCCGCAGCAGGCCAGCGUGCGGGAUGAAGAGCAGGACGACAGAGAAAUGUACGCUAAAAAUGCGAAAGAAGCGGAGAACAUAAGUGAGUACGUUACAGAGGGAAAUUACGUGAGAGUGCCCGGUGAUCCCUACCCCUAUAGCAAAGAGCACUUCCAAAAAUGGCGUCUCCACCACGAGGACAUUCGUAUCGGGCCCAUCAGUUGUUUAGACAAAGAACCGCUGAUAAAUACACCGAUCGCUGAUUCGAGCACUUCACAAAGUGUGGAUGUUCAGCAACCAGCUCCCGAAAGUUACGUUCCAAGAAACCCCGGAAAUCCGUCGAAUCCAACUAAUUCAGAUUCAAAUCCGUCGAAUUCUUUGGAUCCAUGGGUUACACCGAAUCCAAAGAAUCCAUCAAAUCUAAUGAAUCCAUCGAGUUCGUCGAACCCAUCGAAUCCGUCGAAACUCUCGAAUCCAUCGGGUUCACCGAAACCAUCGAGACGAUCAAACCCAUCGGAACCACCGAAGUCUUAUUAUUCAUCAAACCCUGGCAGUAUGCCGCCACCGAUAGAUUUUAACGCGGGAGAUAUUGAAGAUAAGCUUGGGAUAGAAGAUUUAAAGAAACAUAAAGAUCCAGUCCACGUGGAGACGAUUCAACCAAAUUUAAAUUAUCCUAUGCAAGGUGGCGGAAAUCCAGCUAUUUCCAAGCGUCAAAUAAAAAGCAGUACUGGUGAUAAUAGUUCGUUGGUUGAAGACCCAGAGACUGUCAAUUUGAUUAAAGGAGAAAAGGAUAUUGAUGACACACGUAUUCAUACAAUGAGAAACCAAGAAUUACUAUCGGUGGAAGGACAAGUGAUCCGAGAAAUUUACGAAGCGAAAAAUUAUGCCUAUCUUCGACCGGAGGAGAUGAAGAAUUUGCGAUUAGUUUCAAGACCAAGACCUCCGACUACAGAAUCAAAUACCACUACUACACCUGUCGAACAAAGUUGA